AUGUAUGUAUGCCCACACUACACACACACACACACACACACACACACACACACACACACACACACACACACACACACACACACACACACACACACACACACACACACACACACACACACGUUAUGUUUGUAGAGAUAGCCACACAUGUAACAUACACGUAUAACACAACUCUGUUAGUUAUUAUAAAAUCAAAACAGGACAACUCAAUGCCGGUCUGUGAAUGACUGACCACUAAUGCACGCUAUCGCUAUAAGUAUCUGUGAAGCUACACCACAUCUUGCCCUCUUUACUGUACCACAAUGUAGAGAGAUAUAUCAUCUAUCAUUGUAUGCCAAACAUCUUGUAGUCUUUAUGCCAUGUUGAGGCCCUUUGUAAUCUUGAUGGUCUUUCAGAAAGCUGCUUUUCCUCCUCUGUCGCCUCACUAUCCAUGCUUCUUGUAGUUCUAUCGUCUCCUGGCAACUCAUCUUCUUCCUCUACCAGCAAAACAUUGCUUACCGAUACCUCUUGUGUGGGUCUGGGACUUCAAGGGUUAACGGUGUGCUUCUGCCAUGGCGACUCUUGCUAGUGGCAUUUGGUCUUAUUCUUGUGGUCUCAGCAGUAGACAACAGUAAGGUGUUGUGCAAAAUAUGCUUAGAAAGCGUUUCAAGAAGUGGGACAAACUCAAGAACACCUGCAGAGAAAGCACCCUGACACGUUUAGGCUGCUGGAGAAUUCAGAAAAAAGGUGUCAAAGGAGACAAAGGAAUAGGAGAUGUUGGAUCAAAAGGAGACAAAGGGAGUGUUGGUGCUCUUGGGCCUAAAGGAAACAAAGGUGACAAAGGAAUAGGAGAUGUUGGACCUAAAGGCGACAAAGGAGACAAAGGGAGUAUUGGUAUAUGCUUUCUAAUGACUUUGUUAACCUGAUAAUACUUUUCUUAGAGGCAUUUUGUUAAUUAUUACUAUUAGGUGCGUUUGGG